AUGGUUCCCUUCACUAAAUGGAGAUCUUUGUUCAUCACAGGGCUCUUCACUUUUAGCAUCUUAUUUCUUUUUAUGUUCUUCCAAAACGCGGUGAUCUAUAGGCUACUUUCCUAAAAAUCAGUUGAUUCCACCAAAGGAGGUCUGUGCGCUUGUGAUAAAUGUGUCACGGAUCUGAACGAUGAUGACUGGUUCUUCUUGCGGUUCAACCCCACAGUUCCACCUCUGCUGAACAGGAGAAACAGUGUGUUACAGACAGACGUCUACCGAUGGUGGAAGUCUCUACAGUCGACUAAGAGCAAAGCUAGUUAUUCUCAAGUGAUUCAGCAGCUGUUCUCUGUCAUUCCUGGAGGAAAACACUACAGAGACGCUGGUCCGUCUCGCUGCCGAACCUGUGCUGUGGUGGGGAACUCUGGGAACCUUGUAGGAUCAUUCUAUGGUCCUCUUAUUGACAGUCAUGAUUUUGUAAUGAGAAUGAACAAGGCACCAGUUGAAGGUUAUGAGAAAGAUGUGGGAUCCAGGACCUCCCACCGCAUCUUGUACCCAGAAAGUGCCACUCAUCUGGACAACACCACCCACCUGGUGUUGUUGCCCUUCAAAACACUGGAUAUCCAGUGGGUCACCAGUGCUCUUACUGAUGGAACUAUUAAACGAACACGAUUUAAGGUUAUAGACAAGCUACGAGCCAACAAGGACAAAGUGAUGGUUAUACACCCUGCUUUCAUGCAUUAUGUGCACACUACGUGGCUGCACAUUAAGUCUCGAAGAUCUUAUCCAUCCACGGGUUUCCUUGUGCUGAUGUUCGCCCUGCACAUCUGUGAUGAGGUCAGUGUGUUUGGCUUUGGCGCAAACAGUAAAGGCACUUGGCACCACUAUUUCGAAAACACGCCCAAGAAUUUCAAACGCACUGGUAAACACAGUGGAGGGAUUGAGACCCAGACGAUCUUAGAACUUCAGGAAAGGGAGCUGAUCAGUCUGUACAGAGGGUGGUGAGAAGGACGAGGACUCUGAGUUUCAGUUACACGAUUAUUUAAUGACAUUCACCUGUAUUGAUGAUA